UCCUACUCCCUCGUCUUCCCUCUCUUCUCUUUCUCUGUAUCUUAAUAUGCUUAAAUUCAGCAAAAGAAAGGAAAGAAAAUGCAGAUCAAAACCAUGGCUUUCUCUUCUCACACUACUCCUCUCAAAAACCCAUUUCUCAAAACAAAUUUUCGCUCUUCAAUUUUGUUGAAGAACCCACCAUCUCUUUCUCUGCCUUCACCUCGCAUACACAACCCUCUUUCACCCCCAAACUUACGCAUUUCACACCCUACCAAUAGCUACUGUAGCCAGUUUAGAACUGCGUGCGUAGGAUUCUCUGGUUCAGAAGUUAUCGAUGAUGAUCAACUUGAAAAUGUGAGCGAGUAUGCUAGUAAUGAAGCUUUGGUUUCUGGGUCUGAGCUUGAAGACGAGAAGGUGGAAGUUGUUAGUUCAAAGAGAAAGGAAUUGGUUGACCAGAGUUUAUGGAAGCAAAUAAAGGAGAUUAUGAUGUUUUCGGGUCCGGCCACUGGGUUGUGGAUCUGUGGCCCGUUGAUGAGUCUCAUCUCCACUGCUGUGAUCGGUCGGGGAAGCUCCACCGAGCUUGCUGCAUUAGGUCCAGGGACUGUUUUCUGUGAUAAUAUGAAUCUUCUGUUCAUGUUUCUCUCAAUUGCUACUUCAAAUAUGGUUGCCACUUCACUUGCCAAACGGAAUAAAAAAGAAGUGCAGCACCAAGUAUCCAUUUUACUCUUUGUUGGAUUGACUUGUGGCAUCUUAAUGCUUUUGUUUACACAAUUCCUUGGUUCAUGGGCACUAACUGCUUUUGCUGGUCCAAAGAAUAUUCAUAUUGUACCUGCAGCUAGCAAAUAUGUUCAGAUUCGAGGCUUAGCAUGGCCAGCAAUUCUUUAUGGAUUGGUUUGUCAAAGCUCAAGUCUUGGUAUGAAAGAUUCCUUGGGACCUUUGAGUGCUUUGGUGGUUGCCAGUGCCGUAAAUGCCAUUGGUCAUCUAGUCUUGUGCAGUUGGCUAGGCUAUGGUAUUGCAGGAGCAGCAUGGUCAACAAUGACAUCACAAGUCAUUGCAGCUUAUAUGAUGAUUGAAGCUUUGAACAAGAAAGGAUAUAAUGCUUUUGCUAUCUCAAUUCCGUCGACAGGGGAAUUUUCACAAAUAUUCGGCAUAGCUGCUCCAGUAUUUGUAACAAUGUUCUCAAAGGUGGCUUUCUACUCUCUCAUGACUUAUUUUGCAACAGCAAUGGGUACAUUCACAGUCGCUGCUCAUCAGGUCAUGAUCCAAAUGUAUGGCAUGUGUGUGGUGUGGGGUGAGCCUCUCUCUCAAACUGCACAAUCGUUCAUGCCUGAGUUACUAAAUGGAGUUGAAAGAAGUUUAGAGAAGGCACGAAUGCUGCUAAAGUCACUGAUGAUUGUUGGAGCUAUACUUGGAGUAGUAAUAGCAAGUGUUGGAGCAUUUAUUCCUUGGUUAUUCCCUAACAUUUUCACCCAUGAUCUUAAUGUCAUACAAGAGAUGCACAAAGUGCUGAUUUUGUUCUUCAUUGCAUUAUCUGGAACACCCUGUACUCACAGUCUUGAGGGAACACUGCUGGCUGGACGUGAUUUCAAGUUCAUCAGUUUAUCAAUGAGUGGAUGCUUUUCUCUGGGUGCUCUUCUAUUAUGGCUUGUAAGCACCAGAGGAUAUGGUCUGCCUGGCUGCUGGUGUGCACUAGUAGCAUUCCAAUGGGGUCGAUUUUUCUUCGCUCUACAACGCCUUCUAUCUCCGCAAGGCAUGCUUAGCUCCAAUGAUACAAUUGAGUACAAGCUUGGGAAACUAAAAGCUGCUUAGUUUCUUAGUCCAAUAUCAGCUUUAUAUAUUACAAAAUCUCAGGAUUACAAAGUUGUCAGGGUGCAUACUCCAUUCAGUCAAUAAGUACAAGUAGCCAUAUUCUUUCAUCCUAUCCUAGCAGCCAAAAAUCAAGGCAUGCCAGAUCGUAAUUUUGUAAGAACUGAUAACGGUUCUGUAUUUGUUGACAGGAUAGUUUUGUCAUGUACGAUGUAGUUUGAAGCAAAUUUGCUUCUUGGCUAUUCAUUAAUGAAACCUGAUGAACGCUGGAAAAUUAGAACAUUGAAAGCU